AUGGCAGCAAUAAGGGAAGAUGAAGAGAAGUCAGUUUGGGGUGCGAUUACUAGAGGUGCAAAGGGGAGCACGAGGUUGAAAAGGAGGAAGAUUAGAGGUGAAAGGAAACAUGGUCAUGGGGCAAGAAAGAUGUGGUGGAGAUGGGUAAAAAAAAGUUGUGUUUGAGUGCCAAAACCUCACCCAAAAUUCAGGGUGGUACUGAG